AUGGCCACUACCGAUGCCGUCUCCCUCAAGUCCACGUGCCAUUGCGGCGCCAUCAGUCUGACUGUCACGCGCAUGCCUGAAAUGAUCAACGAAUGCCAAUGCACCAUCUGCCGGCGUUACGCUGCCGCAUGGGCUUACUACUACUCCAACGAGAUCGACUUUCAGCAAAAGGGCAAGACCAAGACGUACGUGUGGGGGGACGGAGAUUUGGAGUUUCACUUUUGUGAGACGUGCGGCUGCGUGGUUUACUGGUGGCGCAUCUUGGCAGGAGCAGAUGGCAUCCACGAGGUUGGCAUCAAUUCACGCAACAUGAAUCCCAUGGAGGUGCUGCUGGUGGAGCGGAGGAUCCAGUAUGACACGUUGGUGGGCGCGAUUAGGGAUGGGUCGUUGAAGCAUCCAGAUGAUAUCGCCAAGUACGUGUGA